CGCUGAUGCUGUUGUGGAUUGCCCUUGAGGGCUGGGGCGAAGAGACUUAUCCAAAUUCUUGGUUCAAGGCUCUUGGCCUUGCGCAGCUGAAGCAAGGAAAGGUUGUGACGCUGCUUUAUCUUAAGAUUUCCAUCUCUGAUUUCUUGACGCUCUUUUCUUCUCGUACUGGCGGACGCUGGUUCUUCACGAUGGCACCGGGACUUGUGUUGCUUAUUGGUGCGAUUAUCUCGCUUUUUGUGUCGUCGAUGGUUGCCUCCUUUUGGCAUACGUCUCGUCCGGAUGGUUUGCUAACGGAGGGUCUUGCGUGGGGAGACACGAACAGCGAGAGGCUGUUGCCGCUGUGGGUGUGGAUCUACUGCAUUGUAUGGUGGCUUAUUCAGGACGCUGUGAAGGUGGGGGCGCACAUGCUCAUGGAGUGGAUGGACCUGUUUGGCUGCGUCUCGAAGGCAUAUGGCGGGAAAGUUGUUGAACAGUAUAUGGAGAAUAAGAUCACUGAGCCUGCCAAUUAA